GCGACACUGCACAGGGAAGGAGAGCAGACAUACACUGAAUAAGCUGUUUAAACUAGAAGGAAGUUUACUUAUAAAACAGCUGCUAUUAAAAUGCAGAACAUUAUAUUUGUUUGUCAAAGAACAUUGGAGUAAAUGUGAAGCAUGAAAAUUGGGCAAAGGAUUGAGGAAGAUAUUUCAAAGUCGGAGACCAAGAGUACUGAAGGACCCUUGUGGAUGAUGGAAAGUAGUGAGAGAAGGGGUCUGGGGGCUGGUAUUGAGCUGCUGAGGGGAGAGCUGGAGGUGGUAGGCCUGGGGCUGGAGGAGCUGGGAGAUUGUCCCUGGGAGGAGGUGGAUGUUCCCCGCAUGGAGGGGGGCUGUACUCCCCUUAUCACUGCCUGCCAGAGGGGCUUGACUGAGGUUGUACACUUCCUUCUGAAAAGAGGAGCCGAUGUGACUCUGUGCAACCAUAGCAACCAGACACCACUGCAUGUGAGUCUUCCAGUCCUCCAGGAGGUGCUGUUAUCAGCCAUGUUCAGGGCUCUGCCCCACCAGACCCAGCUCCUCCAGGCUGCCUGGCAGGGAGACCUCCACUCCCUGCAGCACCUCCUGGCCCAGACUGACCUAGUGGACGUGAACACUCAGAACCGCGACGGGCUGACCCCUCUAAUACUGGCUGUGAGGGACGUCGACCUGUUUGAGGAGCUGGACGUCCGGUUGCCAUGGGAAUACAGACCUGUGGAGGUGGUCAGGGAACUGCUGGCUCUCUCAGCUGACCUGGGGGUGUGUGAUGUCAACGGCUGUUCUGCUCUUCACUAUGCUGCUCAGAUAGAGAGCCCCCUGAAGGACGAACUCAUCUACAUGAUGGUUGAGUCCCUCAGACAGCCAGCGCCCACACCCCUGGACCUGCAGUGCUUCCACCCUGAUGAGCUGAGAGUAAACUCCCCCAGACCCUCUCCCUCUCUGACCGAUGAGCUGAGAGCAACAAACUCCCCAAGCUCCUCUCCCUAUCUGACCCAAAAUGUCCUCAUUCAGACUGCUGUCAGCACAGAGGAUUUGCUGGAGUCUCCAGAGUGCGUUCUUUUAUCCGACCAUCAUAAAGCCAUCAAUCAAGAUAAGGGGCUCUCCCUCUCCUUCCAGAGCGCCAUGGAUACUCUGAUGGACAUGAGGCAAGCCUACCAAGAUCUGGGGAAGGGUAGCAGUCAAGGUUCGUCUCUACCCAGUCUGUGGCUCAGAGCCAUACACUUAGACAAACUGGAUCCUACACCGGGGCUGUUGAAGACCACAGGAAGCUCCUCCUGCCUGCCUGUUCCCCCCAGGCUCAGAUGUGAAGCUGUGGCCCCCAGCCCGGUGACCCCUCACCCAGCCCAGCUGAGCCAAUCUGCCCCCGGUCUAUUGGAGCCUCUCCUGGACUCCAGCUCUCUGGUCCAGGCCCGAGUCCACAUCCAGAACAGGCUUGGGUGUGGUGAAACGGAGAAAAAAAGCAGUGGUCGAAAGGGCUCCUUCCCUGCCCUGCUUCCAGGCCCCAUCAGGACCCCCAAGCUGUUAGCCCCUCUGGAGGGGAGGCAUAGAAACGGAGGAGUGCUGCCCGGCCUGAAGCACCCUUCUCCCCUAAAGCCCAUCAGCCUCGUGCCCCUGAUGCCCCUGACCUCCAUGUCCUCCAUGACCUCCAGGCUGAGGAGGGAGAGGCUGGCCAGGACCAGGGUGAGCCCCAGAGGAUCCCCAGGCACCAGGGAGGGCAGCUUCAGUAGCCAAUCCUCCAUCGACCUGGAGGUAGAGGUGGAUGACAAUAAGAGAGACUUAAGAGACAUAAGUGAGACUACAGCAAAACAACACGCUGGAGAGACUUUUGAGGGAAGGUUGCAGUUGGAUCUAGACUCAUCUGGAAAGUUUCAUGUUGGAGAUUACAGUGAGGAGAACGCAGACCAUAGGAAUAGGGAGUCGACAAGACAUCAGGGUGCCUUUCCUAGGGAUAACAAGGAGGGAGUAUCUAUCAAAUCUGACCCUGGAGAGAGAGGGUACAAAGCAAUAAUUGAGUUGAGGCACCAACUUAACACCGAUUUGACGAAUUUCAAAGAUGUUAACAGCACUUCAUGCUCUGAGAGGGACUGUGAGGGUGAGGUUGUGGCAGUGGAAUGGACAAAGGUGAUGUGCUCAGGGGGUCUCUCAAAAGAGAUCACAAGUACUGAGCCAACUACCACAUGCCCCUUUGCAUCUAAAAAUGGAAACAAAGAUAUUCAAGUUGAUGACAAUGCAAACACUAGUGUUGUGGAUAACGCCAAGUAUCAAUGUCUUCCUUCUACUGUGAAUGUCACACUACCUGAAUUAAACCUUCCUACAGAGAAAAAGAUCAAACCUAUCAAGCCUGCCAAGAACAAAGAGAGAAGAGGCAGCACUAGUGUCCAAAUCAAUCAGUCUUUCAACGUCUUGGCACACAAAGAUCACAUUCGGGGGAACAGCAAGUCCAAAAGCAACCUGAGGACUUCACCCAUUCCUUCACAAGUCAAAGGCAAAGUCAGAAAACCUCCUGAUCUCAUCGUCAGUGGGAUAAUCUCUACAAAGACUGGUCAGAAAAGCACAGACUCAACCUCUGUCAGAACGAGGGUUACAGAGCCCGUACAGCCAAGCUGCAAAAGGCUAAACAACGACAAAAAGGCACUUAAAAUAAAAGUCCCUUGUCAGAAACAUAUUCAGCAGAGGGAACCGAAAAGUGCCAGACAAGCCAAGACUGGGUCACAACUGGGGACCCUGAGGGCCAAGUCAGCCGUGGACUACAUCACGUAUAGUGAUAUCUUCCAGGAAAUCAACACCGGGGAUGAGGGACCAGUCAUCUAUGAGAUGUUUGCCGGCCCGGUGUUUGACAACAUAAGAGUUUCCAGUUCAUGUGAGAGGACCAGACAGGUCCAGUCUGCCCCAUCUAGGAAGACCCAAACCCACAGGACCAAACACAAAUGCCCUAAACCAAUGGAGAGCAUAAGAGUGAGGCGAAGCCCAGUGGACAAGGCCAAGCAGAGGAAGAACAGGGCUAUUAGGCCUAUAUCCAGGGGAAAGUCGCAUCUGACGCCUAUCGCCAUCACGGAUGACAAAGACGACGUGGUGGUUAUUUCUGGGCUCGACUGGCAAAUCCACAUCCAGACUAAGACUGAGCUGGUCCUCGGUAAAUAUGGAGAAGAGACCGUCUCUCCCAGCACACCAGAGGUUCAGGAGGUGGACCAUAUGUUGUCACUGUCAGUGAUAGAAGAAGUGCUGUCUAUGUCCAGCCAUGCGCCAAACCCACUAAUCUCUCACCACCGGCCGAGAGACAAAACCUCUCCCAGUCAGACAAAGACUAAACUCACAUCUCAUUCUGACCCAGAUGAUGAUCACCUCCAUGUGCUGCACAAUAGGGGACCCAUGGGGAACAACAUGUCAGAAAAUGAGAAAAACAAGGCAAAUCACUUGGACCAUUCAUCCACCCCAUCCGAUUGCCCAGUGCAGCCUAAGAUCAACACCUGGACCUCAGGUAGCUGUGACAGCAGGACAGUGUCCCCUGUGUUCCAGAAGUUUCUGGAUGAUGUGGGGGAGGGACCACUGACCGAUGACCUGCUCCGUUGUCUGGCAGAAGAGCUGAUAUCACUGGAUGAGAGAGAUGGUGGAUGUCCAGAAAACAACUGUGACUCAGACCAGAGGGAAUUCAGAAACGAUUCUGAGCUGAGAUGUGAGAAGUCAUUACCGGGGGAUAUUACAUCACCUGGAGAAGUGCUCAGUGGGUCUGGGUUGGUAGUGGAUGAUGCCAUCACCUGGAGGAAAGGAGAAGUGCUGGGCAGAGGAGCUUAUGGAACUGUGUUCUGUGGACUGACCAGCCAAGGCCAGCUGAUAGCCGUAAAACAGGUGGCCCUGGACGCCUCAGACCUCGAAACCGCAGACAAGGAGUACAACCGCCUACAGGAGGAAGUAGACCUCUUAAAGAACCUCCAUCACAGCAACAUUGUGGGAUUUCUGGGCACCUCUCUGCGGGACCACCUGGUCAGCAUCUUCAUGGAGUAUGUCCCCGGAGGCUCCAUCGCCAGCGUGCUCCACCGCUUUGGCCCCCUUCCGGAGCGUGUCCUGGCCCUGUACACCCGUCAGAUCCUGGAGGGGGUGUCCUACCUGCACCUCAACAGGGUCAUUCACAGGGACCUGAAGGGGAACAACGUGAUGUUGAUGCCUACGGGAGUAGUCAAGCUGAUAGACUUCGGCUGCGCCCGCCGUUUGAGUUGCCUCACUCACACACACAGUCAUAGUGACCUCCUGAAAUCGGUGCACGGCACGCCCUAUUGGAUGGCGCCAGAGGUAAUCAACGAGACGGGUCACGGCAGGAAGUCGGACAUCUGGAGCGUGGGGUGCACAGUGUUUGAAAUGGCCACGGGGAAGCCGCCACUGUCACACAUGGACAAGAUGGCAGCGCUGUUCUACAUCGGGGCGAGGCGAGGCCUGAUGCCCUCGCUGCCUGACAGGUUCUCAGAGGACGCCAGGGAUUUUGUUCAAGUCUGUCUGACCAAUGACCAGAAACAGCGCCCGUCUGCAGAACAACUAUUGGACCACCCUUUCAUUCCUAACAAUGUGAUCUUAGUUUAGGACCUACACUCAAAGUUGUUAGGAAAUAGCGCCAGAAGUGCCAAUCAGGAACACCUAUCAAUCAUUUAUAUAACAUGUCCAAAUUGUAUAUUUAAAUUCCCUUUCAAAUGUAUUGCUUGAAACUUAGAUACAUUCCCUAGGCUAUUGCAAAUAAUUCCUUGAAUUUUUGGGCACCUUUGAUACAAAGAGCAUUUGUCAAACAUAUUGCAUCCAUACUUUUCAUAUAGCAUACAGUAAAUACCAAUCAUACAACAUGGGUCAUGUUUUAAGGUAGUGGUAACCGUAAGAUUUAUUUGUAGAACAAAAAAAACAAAAAUGGAUGUCACGGUUUGCAUUUGCCUUCUUGUUGAGACCAAACCACUGUAAUAAUGUCUGUGCCCAAGAAUAUAAUCACUAUCAGUACUGGGGAAAUAUACCAUCUUGGCCUCAAUACAAACUGUCUGCACACUGAAAUAAAGGACUAACCAGUCAAAGAACAGUUA